CGGCGCUCGGUAGGCAGACCCGAUGGCAACUCCCUCAGAACCAGCACCUGCUGCGAGGCUGUCUCAAGAUGUGGCAGAAGUACCGGCAAGUCAUUCUUCUCAGCCAUCGCUUGCUUCGACACCGCUGCUGCCAACGCUGAGCAAAGCGACGACGCACAACUUCAGCAGUGCUCUCUCGACUUGGAAGGAGAUCAACUUGACCGAGUUGCAGCGGACGCUUGACGCACGCGGGCUCGAAAUCGUCGAGAACCAAAAGGAGAACAUGGUCGGCCGCAAGCGACUGGCCGAGCAGACGAGGGAAUUCCGCAAGGUGCCAGACGAGGAAAAGGCAACAUCGUUCAAGGGACUCCUCAAAGCUUACCAGGCCGAAAUUGACAUGCUCACGAAACGCUCAAAGAUAGCAGAGACGGCGUUCCUGCAUGUCUAUAAACUGCUUGCCGAGGCGCCCGACCCAUUUCCCUUGCUUGACGCGGCAGUGGAUCAAACGGCGAAAGCGUCAGAAGCUCGUGUUCUCGAGCUAUCCCUGAAGAGGGCACAAGACGAGGCUGCCACGCUCAAAGCUCAGCUUGCAGAGGCUCAGGCGUCUGACAAGGAGCGUCGGAAACUGGCUGAACGCGCCGAAAAGCUAGAAAAGAAGAUGGACGAUACGGUCAACGAGAAGGUAACGCAAAAGGAAGCAGAGCUUCAUGCCAUAUACGAUGAGCGGCUGAGGAACUAUCAAGAAAGAGAGCGAGAUCUAGAGAGGCAGGCGACUAUGGCGCGAGCUCAACUCCACGACUUGCGAAGCUCAAAUGAUACAACGCAAGCUCAACUGAUGAGUCACUCAUCAAGAAGAGAUCAAGAAUCACAAGCGCGUUCGGCAGAGAUCGAGCUCAUCAAUGCCGAUCUCGAGCGAGCCACUGCACGAGCAGCCGAAGUAGAGCGUCGCAAUGAGAAAUUGCGCGCAGAAAUCGAAGCACUCCGACUGGGGAGCGAGAGCGAUGCAAAGCUGAAGAACCUUGAGCUGCAACUAGAAGAAACCCAAUCCGAGACGAGUAGGCUACUCAAAAGCUUGGACAGUCAAAAAGAAGAAGCAGCACGAGCAGCGGAUCUAUCACUUGUUCGCCUCGAAGCGGGCCAAAUGGAACGAGCCGCGCUCGAAGCAGAAAUCGAGACUUUGCGACAGCGCCUUGCCAGUCACGACGACUAUGACGAGGUCAAGCGAGAGCUAGAGAUUAUGAAGUUUGUGGAGUUCAGCAGCUUGAACGACGAAGAUUUCAAUGACGCAGGAAGCAUGAUUUCUUCGAUGGAAAUGCGACUGCCGAAUCCCAACGCAGACAAGCCCGGCGCGAGCAAAGCGAGACCGCUCGAGCAACUACUCAUGCUCAAAAAUAGGAAGCUUAGCGAUCAGGUAACGGCACUUCGGGUAGCCCACGAAGAUCUAGGGUCAUCGGAGCGAGCUCUUCAGACAGAGCUAGUCGAAGCACAGACUCGGUUCGAAGAAGAGCGUGCCCUCAAUGCUCGACUCGAAGCAGAUCUCGCUCGCGUGAAUGGUUCGAAUAGCAAUGAUGCAGAGCCUCGCCUGUCGACGGGCAACGGACAUGCGACGGAGGAGCCACUAGCGAGCCUCAGCUUGGGCAAACGAACAGGCACGCCAACCGUCAACGGAAGUACUGCGGAAACGUCAAUAUUGCCCAUCAUCACGAGUCAGAGAGAUCGCUUUCGACAGCGGAACACCGAGCUCGAAGAGGAAUUACGGCGCCAAUUUGCCACAAUCUCAGAAUUACGGAGCGAGCUCAAGACACUACAAGCCGACAACCUAAAGCUGUACGAGAAAGUACGAUACUUGCAAAGCUACAAGGAAGAUGCUGGCGCGAGCAGAACGGGUCUGGCAUCCAUCUUGCACCCGAAGCGCGACGAAGAGCUUGGCAAAUACCGCGAGCGCUACGAGAACACGAUCAAUCCAUUCGAGGCUUUCCGAGGCAGGGAGCAAUCGCGAGCGAUACAGGCACUCAAUCCGAUCGAAAAGAUCCUGUUCGGUCUGUCCAGGCGGGUGCUCACCCAUCGGCUCUCGCGCGCGCUCUUCGUAGCCUAUGCCAUCGCACUGCAUCUCGUUGCGCUGAGCGCUCUGUAUGGGUACUCGGAGACGACUGCCACAGUCAUCCGCCCGCCCGAUGACAUGUCUGUUUGAUGAUAGGUUGCUGUAUGUAUUGCAUGAUUGAAGGCGCACUCAUAU